UUGGUAACUGCUAUGCAAGCAAGCUUAGCUACCCAGCUGGCCCUAUGAGGUGGUCUCGGUGCUAUGGGACCGGUGUAUGGCAUGAUGUAUUUCGAGAUGCUGGAGAUCGGGGCCAGGGACAAGAUAGGAUAAACCGACAGGGUCAUCUGUAGUGGUAGCUGGUAUCAAGUAUAAGAAGAAGGGACCACCCCACUCCUCGAAAGCUCUCCAGUUUACCUCCUUAUCCUCAACACAUACGUCCUACUUCACUUGUUCUCUGUUGACUUUGUUUGAUACCCCAAUUCGUUCAAGAUGGCUCCCAAGAUCGCGAUUGUGUACUACUCCAUGUACGGCCACAUCAAGAAGAUGGCCGAUGCUGAGUUGAAGGGUAUCCAAGAGGCUGGCGGUGAUGCCAAGCUCUUCCAAGUCGCCGAGACCCUUCCUCAGGACGUCCUCGACAAGAUGUACGCGCCUCCCAAGGACUCGUCGGUCCCCGUCCUCGAGGACCCCGCCGUCCUCGAAGAAUUCGACGGCAUCCUCUUCGGCAUCCCCACCCGCUACGGCAACUUCCCCGCACAAUUCAAGACCUUCUGGGACAAGACAGGCAAGCAAUGGCAACAAGGAAGCUUCUGGGGAAAGUACGCCGGUGUCUUCGUUUCGACUGGCACCCUGGGCGGUGGCCAGGAGACGACUGCUAUUACCAGCAUGAGCACGCUUGUGCACCACGGUUUCAUCUACGUUCCCCUGGGCUACAAGACUGCGUUUAGCAUGUUGGCCAACUUGGACGAGGUCCACGGUGGAAGCCCUUGGGGUGCUGGUACUUUUUCUGCUGGCGAUGGAUCGAGGCAGCCCAGUGAGCUUGAGCUGAACAUUGCGCAGGCUCAGGGUAAGGCUUUCUACGAGGCUGUUGCCAAGGCGCAUCAGUGACUAGAUGAUGGAAAGACUGCUGGCCUUGUUGCUGAGAACAAGACGGUAGAGAAUGGGAAUGGAGUAACGACAAAUGGUAGCACUGCUGCUGCUGCUGCUCCUACUUCUACUCCUGCUCCUGCUGCGUCUUCUUCGCAACCCCAGCAGAAGACGGAAGAGGACAAGGAUAAAGAGGGCGGUCCGUGUGGAUUGCCUGCAAAGUGCGAUAUCAUGUAGACUUUGGCCUUUCCUCUCUACUUCUUCUUUCCUACUUGUGGAGAUUUGCGAUGGAAUGAAACG